GGAGUCAACGAUUGGCUGUUGGAUGGGAGGGAGUGACGCUUAGAGAGAGAUGGGAGGAGGAGUAGAUGUCCGCGAGAAGAACAGGAACAGAGCUCGCUAGUUCCCACACCUUCCGUGCGCUCUCUCUCUCAGAUCAACUUUCUCUCCAAAAAAUGGUGAGACUGAGCGAAGAGCUGCACCGUCCCGGACCUCUCCCGGUGUGGGGUGUGACAACGUAGUGCCAGUAUGAGAUAUGAUGGAGAAGCUUUGGACCAGCCUGUCGGAGGUGUCUUGGAGCUCCGUGUCGGUUCCGUUAGAUGCUGUGGUCAGUAAGGUCCGCCUGCCCUGUCUGGUCCGCCUGGCGCCUGGGGAGUGUGUAGAGGGUCUGUGUGAGGAUGAUAUGGUGUUGCUCCACUCGUGUCGUCAGUGGACCACCGUCACCGCUCUCUCUCUGGAAGAAGGACACUACGUCAUCGGACCCAAGAUAGACAUUCCUCUCCAGUACCAGGGUCGGUUCCGUCUGAUAGAUGAAGACCGAGAUGUUAGGGACCCCAUCCAGUAUUUCUCCUCGGUGGAGGAAGUGGCCGGAACGUUCCCUGACCGCGUCUUCGCCAUGGAAACUAUCAGCUUCACUGUCAAGGUUCUGUCAGGGGAGUUCAGUGAGGACUGUGAGUCGUACAGUGUGGUGUUGCAGCCUGGUGAUGAGCUGUCACUCACGGGAAAGGCCGAGUUUCUCACAGCCACGCCCACCACGGAGAAGACUGGACUGAGCGCGCUCCUGAGACGCCUGGGGAAGACCCCCCGCAGUAAAACUCCAUGUCUGGUGUGUAUGAACCAUCGGACCAAUCAGAGCAUCUCUCUGCCCUUUGCCUGCCGAGGACGGUUCUGCACGCGCUCCCCUCUGGAGCAGGGAAUGCUGGGAGCUGACCACACGGUGCGCAGCAUCAUCGAAAGGGUCCGACUUCCUGUUAAUGUUACCGUGCCGACCAGACCACCACGGAACCCCUACGACCGCCACGUGGUGAGAGAGGGGCAUCGCUACAAGCUGUUGAACAUUGUCAGUAAGACGGUGGUGUUGUGUCUCGUCCUACGGCCAAUACAUCUGGUUCCCUCCCACUUCCUGUUGCUACGCUGCAUGCCACGCUUCUCUGUGGCAACGCCCUCGGCAACUACAGACAGCCUGUUGCUACGGCAACAUGCCAGCUUCGACCCUGAUGGGUACAGCCGAGCCGUCCGUGAGACGCGUCCAGAACUCAGCGAGGAGAGAGUGUGUGUGAGCGAGGAUGGUGUGUGUGUGAGCCCGCGGAGGGGAGGUGUGUGUGUGUCAGCGCAGGACUCUCAGCUGCUGUCUGUGUGUGUGUUCGCUGGGGGUGGAAUUACAGACAACGUCAGCCAAUCGCAGCGCUGCAGAGACUCUCUAGGGGAGGGGACAGAGUACCUCUCUCACAAUUGGACAGAGGUUGAGCUGCAGACCAGUGAAGAGAUCCCCUACGAGGAACUGUGGACCAAUCAGACUGCAGAGGGCCUGGGGAAGGCAGAGCCACACCGCAUCUCCGUCCAUUCCUCUUCCUCUUUGGAUGGAAUGCUGGGGACCGCCCGCCUCGCCAUGGUGACAGGAGUAUCAACCCCGCCCCCUGUACCUCCAAAAUCAGACGCAGUGAGAGAAGAGUGCAGGUUCCUGAUCGCUCCUCCAGUUCCUCCUCGAUGCUGUAAAGGAGACUCCUCCCCUUCCUGUCCAAGCCCCACCCCCAGUCCACCGGUCCCGCCCCGCUUCCCUCAGACACAUCUCUCCUAUUACUCUUCUGGACCACCCAACAGUUGUUCUGUCUCUCCUCCAGACUCGUCUAUCUACUGUUAUCCAUGUUCCUGGACUGACCCCUCCCACAUCAGCCCUGAGGCAAUCCCUGCUCUCCCUGCUGACAGCUUGGCCAAUCCCCAGCCAGCGCAGGCCACCUGGGUGGAGCCGUGGAGCUAUAAUUCUUCCUCCUUCUCCCGGCUGAGGCUUCCGCCCCCUCAGAGUCGAUUUGCUCCCUUCGGAGCCCUGAACCCCUUUAACCGCCCUAGUCCCUCCCCAUGCCCCUCCCCAGAGCCUGUACCAGCCAAUCAGACAGCAGAGCUCUCCAGAGGCGCCGAGGGAGGCGGGACAUGCGAGGGGUCGACUCCGACUAGUGACCCUGCCUGGCGCCCGCCCACUGACCUGUCUGCCCUCUCAUUGGAGGAGGUGUCUGCUAGUCUGAGGUUCAUUGGCCUAUCAGAGGCAGCGGUGGGCGUGUUCCAGAGAGAGCGCGUUGACGGGAGCCUCCUGGUUCAGCUCGACGAGGAGACCCUGUCACAUGACUUCCAUCUCAGCCGAUUGCACGUCACCAAGAUCACACAGUUCAUACAGGGCUGGAGGCCCAAGAUUUAAUACCUGGAGGUCCCGUGUGGCUCAGUUGGUAGAGCAUGGCGCUUGCAACGCCAGGGCUGUGGGUUCAAUUCCCACGGGGGGACCAGGGUUCAAUUCCCAUGGGGGGACCAGGAUGAAUAUGUAUGAACUUUCCAAUUUGUAAGUCACUCUGGAUAAGAGCGUCUGCUAAAUGACUUAAAUGUAAUGUAAAUGUAUUGUGACACUGUCACAAGGUGUUUAUCACAACAUUGGAGGCUGCUGAUUGGAGGACGGCUCAUAAUAAUGGCUGGAACGGAAACCAUGUGUUUGAUGUACUUGAUAGCAUUCCACUGCAGCCAUUACCACGAGCCCAUCCUCCCUGAUUAAGGUGCCACCAACCUCCUGUGCGAUCUACGUAAAGGACGAAGGCAAGGUUUGCUAUUUUAAGGAAGUACUGUAAAGCCGCUCGAGGCGAAGGUUGGCCCUAAACUCUACAGAUUAACACUACAGAUAAACACUACAGAUAUAAACUCUACAGAUUAACACUACAGAUAAACACUACAGAUAAACACUACAGAUAAACACUACAGAUAAACACUACAGAUAAACACUACAGAUAUAAACUCUACAGAUAAACACUACAGAUAUAAACACUACAGAUAUAAACUCUACAGAUAAACACUACAGAUAUAAACACUACAGAUAAACACUACAGAUAAACACUACAGAUAUAAACACUACAGAUAAACACUACAGAUAAACACUACAGAUAUAAACUCUACAGAUAAACUCUACAGAUAUAAACACUACAGAUAAACUCUACAGAUAAACACUACAGGAAAUUGUCAGACAGAGCAAUAAUUAGUUUCUCACUAUUCCAUCUGUCUCGGAUUGCCGUCUACUCCGCCAGGCGGCCUCGCCGUCUACUCCGCCAGGCGGCCUCGCCGUCUACUCCGCCAGGCGGCCUCGCCGUCUACUCCGCCAGGCGGCCUCGCCGUCUACUCCGCCAGGCGGCCUCGCCGUCUACUCCGCCAGGCGGCCUCGCCGUCUACUCCCCCUGGCGGCCUCGCCGUCUACUCCACCAGGCGGCCUCGCCGUCUACUCCACCAGGCGGCCUCGCCGUCUACUCCACCAGGCGGCCUCGCCGUCUACUCCACCAGGCGGCCUCGCCGUCUACUCCACCAAGGGGCCUCGCCGUCUACUCCACCAAGGGGCCUCGCCGUCUACUCCACCAAGGGGCCUCGCCGUCUACUCCACCAGGCGGCCCCGCCGUCUACUCCACCAAGGGGCCUCGCCGUCUACUCCACCAGGCGGCCUCGCCGUCAUUUUUGAGGGGACCAGGAGUGCCAAUUUAGCCCAGAUGAGAGCUGAGCGUCCCCUGUUUGCAAAAGUAGCACACCCAUAAACACACCCUGUACAUUCUGUCUGUUCACUGUAGAGUCACCCUCCGUGGGGAGCUCCCUCAGUGGGCAGCUUCCUCAGUGGGCAGCUUCCUCAGUGAGCAGCUUCCUCAGUGGGCAGCUUCCUCAGUGAGCAGCUUCCUCAGUGGGCAGCUUCCUCAGUGGGCAGCUCCCUCAGUGAGCAGCUUCCUCAGUGAGCAGCUUCCUCAGUGGGCAGCUUCCUCAGUGAGCAGCUUCCUCAGUGAGCUGCUUCCUCAGUGGGCAGCUUCCUCAGUGAGCAGCUCCCUCAGUGAGCUGCUUCCUCAGUGGGCAGCUCCCUCAGUGAGCAGCUCCCUCAGUGGGCAGCUCCCUCAGUGGGCAGCUCCCUCAGUGGGCAGCUCCCUCAGUGGGCAUCUUCCUCAGUGGGCAGCCUGUGACAUGACUUCCACUUUAGGACGUUAACAAGGCGACACUCCAUCUUAACUCCUCCUCCACAUUGACUGGAUUGGUUGAACAGUACAGAAGAGAACCCCCCCCCCCCCCCCGGCAGUAAAAUGUUUUUCCGCCUGCAACGUUAGGUUAACCAUCCUACAUGUCCCUUCUUAUUGGUUGAAUCAGAUGUUGUGUACCUUCCGAUUGGAUGAACCGGCUGCUGUGUGCCUUCUUAUUGGUUGAAUCAGAUGCUGUGUACCUUCCGAUUGGAUGAACACGGCUGCUGUGUGCCAUCUUAUUGGUUGGAGGAGAGAUAGGGACUCUAUACUGCCACUUGGAGGGUGAUUAGAGAAGUGUGCUAGUCAGAGCAUUUAAGUCUCUAUAUUCAAGGUUACCAAGUAUCCCUCUGCUGGCCAGUCAACCUAUUACAGAAUGCCUUUGGUUUGUGGAGAAUGAGUUUAAGGCUGAGACUCAAUCAGAUCGUUGGAGUCAUCAAAUCGGUGAGAAGCUGCUCUUGCGAUCAUUAACCCUUAAUGUUAUUGAGUGAAUUAAGAAGGAAUGGCAAUGUAAUUUGUAGCGACAUAAGAAGCAAAAUGUGGUUUUCCAUCAAAACAAUAAUUACUGUAUUCUAACACGACGUAAUAAAGGAACUUCUGUCGCAAGAUAAUAGAUAAGUCAGACAGGAGAGUUUGAGUGAUGAAGUUGGACAGAGGAUAUCAAAAUCUCUCCGCGAGAAAGACUUGGAUGAACUGGAAAAACACUUGAGCCUUAUUCUCUGCCAGAUAUUCUACAAACUGUUAUACAUGGAUAAUAUCUAUAAUAAUAGCUAUAAUAUCUGCGUGAUUGACUUGUCAUUUCAAUAGGCCUAGGCUACUAAAUACAAUCUGGGUUUAUGAUUGUAAUUCAACUUUGCCAUGCUUUGCCUAGCUAGAUGCAGGUAGCCUAUAACUCCUGAUAGGCCUAUUAGAUAGCCUACAGUAGGCUAGGCAAUAUGUAAAAUGAACAAUUUACUACAGUAGGGUUGCUUAGUUCAAAUUGACACUCAUUUAUUGAACCUGAAUAGCGAGGAGAUUUCGGUAAAAAGUGUUUGUGUUGCCCAAUAGCCUGGAUUUGACAGCUCUAACGCAGUUCUACCUCGGACACCUCAAAACAACCGCUAUGCGGAUCUGAUUGAAUCCAGCCCUAAGGUCUUUGAUAGGCAGAUUAGGAAUUUGUUCCAGGAAAUAAUCUGCCACCUGGUGAGGUUAGCAUAGGGCUAACGUGUGCCAGGUUAUCUAUUGGGAGCAGCUACAAUUUAGCAUUCUGUCACAUGACACUACAUCAACCAUUUUAAUUGGCUGAUGCUUAAACUUAAACUUUUCUAAUGUUUGCCAGUAUGGGCCUGUGGUGUUUGUUAUGCAGGAUGCAACGUUUUGGAACCUUCAGAUAGAAAUAGCCUUUGUAGACCAAAUAUGCCUUUGACAUGUAGAAUAAGGAAUAACAUCAGCUCUGUUCAUGGCAUUUCUAUCUGCAACUGAACGUGGCCCUGCAGUAACUACAAACUGUAGAGUUAACUAACCUCUGGUUGAGGCCCUGCAGUAACUACAAACUGUAGAGAUAACUAACCUCUGGUUGAGGCCCUGCAGUAACUACAAACUGUAGAGAUAACUAACCUCUGGUUGAGGCCCUGCAGUAACUACAAACUGUAGAGAUAACUAACCUCUGGCCCUGCAGUAACUACAAACUGUAGAGUUAACUAACCUCUGGUUGAGGCCCUGCAGUAACUACAAACUGUAGAGUUAACUAACCUCUGGUUGAGGCCCUGCAGUAACUACAAACUGUAGAGUUAACUAACCUCUGGUUGAGGCCCUGCAGUAACUACAAACUGUAGAGAUAACUAACCUCUGGCCCUGCAGUAACUACAAACUGUAGAGUUAACUAACCUCUGGUUGAGGCCCUGCAGUAACUACAAACUGUAGAGUUAACUAACCUCUGGUUGAGGCCCUGCAGUAACUACAAACUGUAGAGAUAACUAACCUCUGGCCCUGCAGUAACUACAAACUGUAGAGAUAACUAACCUCUGGUUGAGGCCCUGCAGUAACUACAAACUGUAGAGUUAACUAACCUCUGGUUGAGGCCCUGCAGUAACUACAAACUGUAGAGUUAACUAACCUCUGGUUGAGGCCCUGCAGUAACUACAAACUGUAGAGUUAACUAACCUCUGGUUGAGGCCCUGCAGUAACUACAAACUGUAGAGUUAACUAAUCUCUGGCUGCUACAGGGGGUUGCUAUGGUGAUUUGCUAUGGUAAGGGCUGGUGUUGGUCUCUUUACUGUUGAUGAUGAUGGUGUUUAACCAGGGAUUGUGGUGAUGAUGAUGAUGAUGAUGGUGUUUAACCAGGGAUUGUGGUGAUGAUGAUGGUGUUUAACCAGGGAUUGUAGUGAUGAUGAUGAUGAUGAUGAUGAUGAUGAUGAUGAUGGUGCUUAACCAGGGAUUGUAGUGAUGAUGAUGUUAAAGGUGCUCUGAGAAAAUGAUAAUUUAAGAUGGCAACAUUAAAUAGCUGAGUACAUGUUGCAUAGAACACCUUGAAACAUAAUGUCUAAUGAGGUCUGAACACCUUGAAACAUAAUGUCUAAUGAGGUCUGAACAGCUUGAAACAUAAUGUCUAAUGAGGUCUGAACAGCUUGAAACAUAAUGUCUAAUGAGGUCUGAACAGCUUGAAACAUAAUGUCUAAUGAGGUCUGAACAGCUUGAAACAUAAUGUCUAAUGAGGUCUGAACACCUUGAAACAUAAUGUCUAAUGAGGUCUGAACAGCUUGAAACAUAAUGUCUAAUGAGGUCUGAACAGCUUGAAACAUAAUGUCUAAUGAGGUCUGAACAGCUUGAAACAAAAUGUCUAAUGAGGUCUGAACAGCUUGAAACAAAAUGUCUAAUGAGGUCUGAACAGCUUGAAACAUAAUGUCUAAUGAGGUCUGAACAGCUUGAAACAUGAUGUCUAAUGAGGUCCGAACACCUUGAAACAUCAUGUCUAAUGAGGUCUGAACAGCUUGAAACAUAAUGUCUAAUGAGGUCUGAACAGCUUGAAACAUGAGGUCUGAACAGCUUGAAACAUAAUGUCUAAUGAGGUCUGAACACCUUGAAACAUAAUGUCUAAUGAGGUCUGAACACCUUGAAACAUAAUGUCUAAUGAGGUCUGAACAGCUUGAAACAUGAGGUCUGAACAGCUUGAAACAUAAUGUCUAAUGAGGUCUGAACACCUUGAAACAUAAUGUCUAAUGAGGUCUGAACAGCUUGAAACAUAAUGUCUAAUGAGGUCUGAACAGCUUGAAACAUAAUGUCUAAUGAGGUCUGAACAGCUUGAAACAUAAUGUCUAAUGAGGUCUGAACAGCUUGAAACAUAAUGUCUAAUGAGGUCUGAACAGCUUGAAACAUAAUGUCUAAUGAGGUCUGAACAGCUUGAAACAUAAUGUCUAAUGAGGUCUGAACAGCUUGAAACAUAAUGUCUAAUGAGGUCUGAACAGCUUGAAACAUAAUGUCUAAUGAGGUCUGAACAGCUUGAAACAUAAUGUCUAAUGAGGUCUGAACAGCUUGAAACAUAAUGUCUAAUGAGGUCUGAACAGCUUGAAACAUAAUGUAUAAUGAGGUCUGAACAGCUUGAAACAUAAUGUCUAAUGAGGUCUGAACACCUUGAAACAUAAUGUCUAAUGAGGUCUGAACACCUUGAAACAAAAUGUCUAAUGAGGUCUGAACACCUUGAAACAUAAUGUUUAAUGAGGUCUGAACAGCUUGAAACAUAAUGUCUAAUGAGGUCUGAACACCUUGAAACAUGAGGUCUAUUGAGGUCUGAACAGCUUGAAACAUAAUGUCUAAUGAGGUCUUAAGGAUGUCUAUGAUCAAUAGAAAAUUAAAUAACCUCAACUGA